AUGCUGAUGUGGUCGGUGCCGGGCUCCAGGCUGCCCUCUCCCCGGGACUCGGCGCUCCGCAGGGCGGCACUGGCUGGAGCUGUGACCGCUCUCCCUCAGCACCUCCCGGGCAGCAGGAGCAUCAAGGUCUUCAUCAGCUCCAAUCCCGAAGACACAGAAGCAGAAAGGAAGUCGCUGAAGGAGCAUGUGUACCCUAAGCUGAGGGAAUUCUGCAGGGAAAACUAUGGGCUUGAAUUCCAGGUAAUAGAUGUUUACUGGGGACUGGAUCCAGAAGAAUGGGAUAACCCAGAUCUCCAUAGAAUUCGGAUGAGGCUUUUAGAAGAUUGCCUGAAAACAUCUGCUGGUCCAUGUUUUGUUGGACUGUUUGGAGAAAAGUAUGGCAGCACUCGCAUACCCGGAGAGGUUGAGACUUCUGAAUUUGAGAUGAUUCUGGACGCUGCUGUGGAGGCGCAGCUGGAUACGAGAAUUUUGGAGGAGUGGUAUUGCCGAGAUGAGAACUCUGUCCCACCAACAUACUACCUCAAACCAAAGUCUGAAAUGCUGAAAAAUUACCAGAAUGUGACAGAUGGAACUGUAAAUUCUCCCAACCCCAAGAAAUGGAAGGAAAUAUCAGAGGAGAUCAAGAAAGUUUUUAAAACUGCUAUAAACUUACUGCAACAACGAGGAACAAUGCAUAGUUCCAAAGCCAAGAAGUAUCUUUGUUCAGCAAUUGAAGAUGAGUUUGAGUUUGCCCUGGGAAACCAAACACCAGCAUUUCUAAGGAAGUGUGUGUGUUAUAUCAGGAAAAUUGCUAACAUUGACCGUCAUGUGAAGAAUCCAGAAAUGGGCCGAUACAUGGACAUCAUCGAGGUCAAUGGAAAAUUUAUACGAGACCCAGUUGCGAAUGAGAAACUUGUGAAACUCAGGGAUGAGUUUAUUCCUACAAUUGUUGCCUCUUCCAAUCUGCGAGUAUACACAUCCAUCACCCACUGCGAUAUGAAACUUGGAUAUUCAGAGAAUGUAGAGAACCACUAUGUUGAAGGCCUUUGUAAACAGUUCUAUGAUGAUAUGAUCGACAUUAUUCAAUCGACAGUUCAACAGAACUUUGAUAUUGAAACAGAUGCACUUUACGAUGAAGUUCUGCAGCACUUGUCUCUUUGUAAAAUGUACGCCUCUUUCUACCAAUACCAAUGUGAGGCCUUGAACCUCAUACACAAGUACAUACUGCCUUGUAAACCAGGACAGGUGAACCCACUUGUGGUAUAUGGUGGGCCAUGUACAGGCAAAACACUUCUACUGGCAAAGGUGGCACAACAGGCCUAUUCAUGGCUUCAGGACGAAAUGGGCCCCGAUUCUGAUCCAGUUAUAACUGUGAGAUUUUUGGGAACAACUGAAUUAAGUACAGAGCUUAAAACCUUACUGCAAAGUCUCUGUGAACAAUUAGCCAUUAACUAUCGAUGUCUCAUACACAGUUAUCCUCAAAAAAUACAUGACCUGAGGGAACUAUUCAUAAACCUACUGAAUGAGUCUUCCUUUCAUCGGCCACUGGUGUUAAUUUUUGAUGCACUGGAGCAAUUGUCAGAUGGUGAGGAAGCACGCAAAUUGUGGUGGCUUCCCAUUCAUCUUCCUCGGUCAGUGCGUGUGAUAUUGUCAACGCUACCCAACAAGCACGGUAUUUUGCAAAAGCUGAGGUGCUUGAUACAGGAUGACGAUAACUACAUUGAACUGCCACAGCGUGACAGGAAGGUGUGCAGCCAAAUUUUGAAAUACCAGCUUCUGCAAGUGAAAAGAAAGGUCACCUCAGGUCAGCAGAUCUAUGUCAAUGAAGCCCUAUCAAAGUGUACGCUACCCAUGUUUGUUAAUCUGAUUUACCACGAGGUCAAGCAGUGGAGAUCACAUAAGGACGUUGACGACACUUCACUCUGUGGAACAGUACAUGAAAACAUUGAGCACCUUUUUGGGUCUCUUGAAAAUAAGUGUGGAUCAAGAUUGGUCUCAAGAGCUCUUGGUUUCAUCACCAUAGCCAAAACUGGACUGAGUGAAAUGGAACUGGAAGAUGUUCUUUCACUUGAUAACUAUGUCCUUAACGAAAUCAAAGCAAAGUCUGAGCUUCAGAAUCCACUGCGGAUACCAUAUUAUUUCAUCGCAAGAUUGAAGGAGGAGCUAUGUGGAUACUUAGUGGAGAGGCAGGUGAGAAGCGUCACACUUCUGGUUUGGGCAAAUCGCCAUCUACAUCUGAUCGCUCAGAAACUGUACCUGCAGAGUGAGGAAGACGUACACGAAAUGCACAGCAUCUUGGCAGAUUACUUUCUGGGAGUAUGGUCAGGGGGGAGACCACGGUUGUUUCAUCCUGAGCAAGGCCAAAUCCGACCUCUAGACAACAACAAGAGCAUGAAUGAGGAAAAGCAGACUGGCGAGAAAACCUUUGAUCGGCAAGCCCCUGAGCAACCAUGGGUCUUCCAGUGCAAUCCAUUGGAACCAGACAUCUUUUUUGUGAAUCACAGGAAAAGCACUGAGCUGCUACAUCACCUGACAAGAAGUGAGAGGACAGACGACCUCAUGUACAGUGUCAUAAUGAAUUUCAGUUGGCUGUACACCAUGAUCAAAAUUGGUCACCUUGACAAAGUCCUUUCUGACAUAGAUCUUGCUUACAAUUACUCACAAGAGAAAGAACUGAAGUUUCUGGCAAGGACUCUGCGAAGCAUCAAGUUGAAAGUUUCAAAGAACCCAAGCUCACUGUCUGCUGAGCUGCAGCAAAGGCUUUUGCCUGUCAUUAGCUCUUUACCAAAGCUGAGACACCUUUUAUUAGAGUGUGACAAAGAUGGCCCAAAGUAUUGCUCAAUUGUGCCUUUGCAUUCCUCCUUGGAUGUGAUGUACAGCCCUGAACGACUCCCGCUGACCAGCAGCCAUGCCCACGUGAUCGAGGUACUGCCAACAUCAAGCCCUAAUGUGGUCAUCGCUGCGUUGGAAAAUGGUUCCAUUACUACCUGGGACGUGGAGUCGCAGCAGAUUCUGCGGCAGAUUACAACUGCGAACUCAGCCGUCUUGGGGAUGAAGCUUACACACGAUGAGAAAUACCUGGUGGUAUCAACGACAAAAAAUACAUUGUUGAUAUACGACAAUCACAAUUCAUGCCAGUUGUCGGAGGUGGAGGUCAAGGGUUCCAAGCACUGCAUUGUGGGUGGAGGCAACUGUUUCAUUUAUGGCUUCACUUUAUCAAUUAACCAUGCCCUUGCAUGGUUGCAGGGUAGUAAAGAUGUGCAUGUGAUCGACUUAAUUUAUGGAUGGCCUCUCUACCAGUUCCAUUGCUGGUAUGAAGUUACUUGUGUCCAAUGUUCUCCCGAUGGAGUGUAUGCAUUCUGUGGACAGUACUUGAACACAACCACCAUUUUCCUCUUGGGAAGUGGUGAAAAGCUCUCCACAGUGACAUCAGAAUUUUCUGGGGGAUACGUAAAAUCUCUUCUCAUUCUGGCUGCAGUUCAAGAAAUGGUGAUGAUCGAUAACGAAGGCAGCCUGUCUGUCUGGAAUAUAGAUGAAAUUACCAAUCCCCAACUGAUUGAGGACUUUGACUGCAGAGGAAAAGACAAUGAAGUGGUGAGCUUAGAGCUGUCGGAAGACCAAAGUGCAAUCCUCAUCUGUAAGACAUUCAGCAUUGAGGUGUUGGACACCAGCAUUUGGAAAGUGGCUGAAAAGUUCAAAGCAAAACGCAAUGAACGCUUCAUAUCAGCAGUCCUCUCUAAAAAUGGUGACUCGAUUAUUGCUUCAAUGGAACACAUGUCAUCGAUAUUUGUGUGGCGGAGAGAUACUGGACAGUGCAUGGCAAGUUUGCAGGAAAUUUCAGGAGCCAUUGUAAAGCUAGUUAAAUCAAACCAACACAAUCUGCUGCUGUCUUUGACAAGCAAUGGUAUUCUUUCAGUGUGGGAUAUAGACAUCAUAACAGCGAUCUCAAACAUUGACAAAACUGGGAAAGCAAUUCAAAGCCUUCUCCUGCCGAGCAAAGGUGAACUGAUUUACACACUGGAUGGCUCAGAAUCUGUUCAUAAAUGGAGUUUUAGCACAGGAUAUAUCGAAGCUGUAUUUAAACAUGAGAGCAUUGUGGAAAACUGUGUUCUCACAUCAUCAGGGGAGCUCAUGGUCACUUCAGAUGACAAAGGCAGCCAGUACAUCUGGCACACUGUUACUGGGGACAACAUCUUUCGCAUCAAUGGGCAGAGGAUAUCCCAGCUGCUGAUUACACACAAUGAUCAGUUUGUCGUCUCUCUUUGUAACCAAGGUAUCUCUCGAGUCUGGAGGCUGUCUACUGGUCAUAAAGUCUGCAAUAUUCUGGUUCCCAUGCAGAACGCAUUUAUCACAUACCCUAACACCUUUGUAAUUGGUGUUUCAAAAAACAAAUUGUUGGCUGUCAGUUUGUGGACAGGAAGUGUUACGAAGAAGUUCUGCUGUGAUGAUGGUACAACCAUUGUAAAUUUCAAGCUGAUCCCUGAUUCACCAGACUAUGUAGUAUUCAUCACAUCAGCUGAAACACUGUUCGUUUGGAGCGUGACAGAGGAAGCAGUGUGCAGACGUGUGCAGCUUCCUAAUAAUUUCCUAAAAAACCUGCAGGAUUUUCAGAUAUCUCCCAAUGGGAAACUGGGAAUUUUGUCGCGAGGCGACGACAACAUUAACAUUAUGGACCUGCACAAUGGAAAGCUGCGUCUUGUUCCUGCCACUGGAAUUAUUUGGCGUCAGAAACUAUCACGUGAUGGCCGUUACCUGGUGUACAUUUGUUUUAGAAACUGCAGUGAUGAUAUUGAUAAUGGGGCUGUGUCCAGCUUAAUAGUCAUCAGGUUAGCUGAUGGGAAAAAUAUUGGAGCAUGUUCACUUUACAAGACUCCGGCUUUUCUGAGUCUGUCACAACGGCAUCUGAACAUCAUUGUGGGUUUUGACGACGGCAGCAUUGGGACCUACACUGUCGUAGACCGAGUUGACGCUGCCUUAAAAAUUAAAAUAGCCACUUCAAACAGUCGACAGAUUUUUAGUAACUCGUCUCAGCAAAUCAGACCUAAGCGCGCAAAUUUUAUGUGCAAGUACACAGCAGACUGUAUAUGGAGAGAGUCUACUGAGGUUUUUGCCAGGGAUAGCCCAAUUACAGUCUCUGAUUCAAGUGAGACACAGGAGACAGCACCUACCAAAAAGCAACCUUACAGUUCCGAUAAAGCAGGUUCAACAUUACAAAUAGACUACAAAUGUCAGAACUUCACAGCCGAAAGCUAA